AUGGUCGAUCUCAUCACUGCUUCCGAAAUAUUCACAGGAAAGCUGAACCCGAAUCCAGGAGACUGGAAAUUCGUGAAAAUCGCCACCGGUUUCUAUGUAUCUGUUGCGAUUACGGAAGAUGGGCGUAUCUUCGAAUGGGGUAGAAAUCCACAAGAAGUAAAAAUGCGUAUGUUUGUCACGAGACGGCUUCGCAUGGCACAGUUGAAGCGACUUGCAGACGAGGAAGGAGAUGAAAUCGGCAUUGUUAAUAUGGAAAAACCGAAAAUCCUCCUCCCUAUGGACACUCCACGUGAUGACCUAGGCGUUCGAGAAGUGUUACACCUUCUUGACGGGCCAGUGGUUGACGCUUCCACAGGCCUGUCUCAUAUUGCAGUCGUCACUGAUCAAGGAUCGCUUUUCACGUGGGGAAAGGGUCUUGAUUUUCAACUGGGUCACGGUAACAAGACUGAACGCAGCGAGCCACAUAUUUUAUUCGAUCCUCGUGAUGUAAAAUGGAAGCUGGUAGCGUGCGGAGGAAAUCAUACAAUUGGCGUCUCAAAGGAUGGGCGGACUUUUGGGUGGGGCAGGAAUGAUUACGCGCAGUGUGGUGUUCCAUCGGAUAAAACUCCAUCUCUAACGAAGAAAUACUUUUACCAGGCACAAAAGCAGGACGGCGCUGGGGCUGCAAAGCGAUAUAGUGUUUCCACAUCGUUCGAUCAAAAGCAACUCAUGACGCGCCUUAGAGGAUGCGACUUGCCAACAAUUCAGGCAGUUUCUCGUCAUUUUCUCUGCCGUCAUCCCGUCAAUGCUCCAUCAUCGAAGUCUACAGGCUUAGACGCUUCUGUUCCUAUCGCUCUAGUCCAUCUCAUGGCUGGCAAUGUCCUAGCUGCGAUUGAGCAAAUAGGACGGGCUCGCAAUGCUACUCCUGAUGCAAAGGUGGAUGCAGCACUUCGUUCUGUUGCUGGUUUAGCUUGGGAAGUGGUUGCUAAUCAUGAGGACUGUCAAUCGAAGUCAAUUCUCUCAGCUGCAUUCAAGUACUUGCCCAUAACGAACACACAAAAACGCAACAGUCAGUUACGGCGGUUGUGGCCUAUGGUAUGGGACGAACCUGGUGUGCAGGAUGCUUUAUCGGCUGAUGAGAAGCUUGACAUUCUGGAAACAUGGGUUGCUCCAACAAAAUGUAUAACAAGCGUCGAGAUUCCUGGUGCUGCACUGCGUUCCGUUGGUGGUAAUAACUUCUCGAAAAUUCGAGUAUAUGCCCGAUGUAGUCAUGUUGAACCGGCAGUUGUCGGAGUAGCGUCUUCGGAUUGCAGCGCUUGUGCAGAAGAAUGGGCCGACAUGAUUCGAACUACCCUGGGCAAUGAAAACGCUGGUCGUUAG